CCUGUGUUCUCUAUUUUGACAUUUGUGUUGACAACACGCAGUUGGUCUCGUUGAAUUCGCAGUAGACUUUUUACUAGCCAAAAGCUAUUCCCCUGUCGUUUUGCAGAGUUUCACUGAGUUUUCAACAAAUUGUUCGAGAUGCUCACGAACCAGCUUCAGCAGGCCGCCCGUAUGUUGGGAGCUCAGGCUCGUCGUAACUACGGUGUGACUGCCGUCGUCAUGUCCAAAGCUACCGACCCGAUCCAGCAGCUCUUUGUCAACAAGCUGCGCGAAUACAAAAGCAAGAGCGCCGAUGGUAAACUGGUGGAUCCAACGCCCGAGAUAGAGCGCGAGCUGAAGCAAGAACUUGAAAAGCUAGCCAAGCAAUACGGUGGCACCGGUGGGGACAUGACCGCUUUCCCGACCUUCAAGUUUGAGGAUCCCAAGAUGGGACCGAUCAACACCAGCAGCAGUUAAAUGAGUUUCUCUAUCAAGCAAAAAAAAACUUCGCAGGAUGAUAAAAUUCGUAUAUAGUUACCACUUUGUGAGUUUGUUUUGAAAGAAAUUCGAAGCGCAAUAAAACGUAAAAAUUGAUCCAGAA